AUGAGUGGAGGAGGAGGUGGAGGUGGAGGUGGAGGUGGUAGCGGCUCCUUCGGUGUUUCUGGUAAUGGAAUUAUGAGUGGAGGUGGAGGUGGAGGUGGAGGUGGAGGUGGAGGUGGUGGUGGCUCAUUUGGUGUUUCUGGUGAUGGAAUUACGAGUGGAGGUGGAGGUGGAGGUGGAGGUGGAGGUGGAGGCACCGUUGAUGUUUCUAGUGAAGUUGAUGUUUCUAAGGAUGAUCACAAAGUUAAUUUGAUGAAGGGUGGCACAAUUGAUGUUUCUAAUGGUGAUCACAAAAUUAAUUUGAAGGGUGGUGGCGGCUCAUUUGGUGUUUCUCGUGAUGGAAUUAUGAGUGGAGGUGGAGGUGGAGGUGGAGGUGGAGGUGGAGGUGGUGGUGGAAGCUCAAUUGGUGUUUCUGGCGAUGGAAUUAUGAGUGGAAAGAUCGGAGCUGGAGGUGGAGGUGAUGACACAAUUGAUGUUUCUAAGGAUGAUCACAAAGUUAACUCGAAGAGUGGUGACGGUUUAUUUGGUAUUUCUGGUGGUGGAAAGAUGAGAAGUGGUGGCACACUUGACGUUUCUGGUAAUGGAAUGAUGAGUGGAAAGUUGAGAGGUAGUGGCAGCAUUGGACUAGGAAGCACAGGAAAAAUUGGUUAA